CUUUCGGCCUGUCCUUUCCCACCCACCGCAAAACAGCAACAACAACUGCCCUUUUAUUUUCAUUAUAAAACUAAACUCUCUUCCCUUCUCUUCUCUACUCCCAAGGCCUUUUCCUAUUGUUACCGUCUCGUUCAAACAGCUAUGUCGUACUCUGUCGCCAAUACUUAAUUUUGUUCUCUUUUCUUUCACUCUCCCCUCCCAUGGCGGCUAAUUCUCUGCUGCUACAUUCUCCCUCACCUCGUUUCUUCAGCUCCCGAUCAAAUUUGAUCAACUUGGGGAGAUCCCAUUUGAGUUAUGACCGUAUAAUUCUGAAAAGGAGCAUCAAACGGGAGAGUUGUUGGACGAGCAGUAAAGGGUAUUUGAAGGAGAAGAAGCGGAACCGAGGGUGCGCGGUGAGGUGCACGGCGGAGGGUAUAGAGAGAGGAAUAUUGAUGGGAGGGAGAGAGGGUGGUGAAGUUAAUAUGGUGUCGGAGAGGUACAAGGUGGUGGCGUUGACAGCGUGCGUUAUGUGCCUUUGUAAUGCUGAUCGUGUCGUUAUGUCUGUCGCUGUUGUUCCUCUUGCUGCCAAAUACGGCUGGUCCAGUUCCUUCCUCGGCAUCGUCCAGUCAUCGUUUCUGUGGGGAUACAUAUUCUCAUCAGUAAUAGGAGGAGCCUUGGUAGACAAAUAUGGUGGAAAACGAGUGCUUGCAUGGGGAGUGGGUCUAUGGUCAUUGGCUACUCUUCUCACUCCAUGGGCUGCUAACCAUUCAACAGCCGGACUCUUGGCCGUUCGUGCCUUCUUUGGACUCGCCGAGGGUGUAGCUUUGCCUUCCAUGAGCACCCUCUUGUCAAGGUGGUUUCCGAGCCAUGAACGAGCAAGUGCAGUGGGAAUUUCAAUGGCUGGAUUUCAUCUUGGCAAUGUUAUAGGCUUGCUUUUAACUCCGAUAAUGUUAUCAACCGUUGGAAUUUCUGGUCCUUUUAUUCUGUUUGCAUUACUUGGAUUACUGUGGUUAACAACAUGGGCAAGUGGAGUCACCAAUGAUCCUCGAGAUAGCCCUUUUAUCAGCAAAUCAGAACUGCGAUUAAUCCAAGCUGGUAAAACUGAUUCUACAGCCGCCAACAAAGGCCAGCUUCCGCCGCUGCGCCUCCUACUCUCGAAACUACCAACAUGGGCAAUUAUUUUUGCUAAUGUAACUAACAAUUGGGGGUAUUUUGUUCUUCUCUCAUGGAUGCCGGUCUAUUUCAAGACAGUUUUUGGCGUAAACUUGAAGCAAGCAGCUUGGUUUAGUGCUCUUCCAUGGGGAACAAUGGCUCUCUCUGGUUACAUUGCAGGAGCGGCAUCGGAUUCCUUGAUCAAGGCAGGCUACUCUGUCACAUUAGUCCGAAAGAUCAUGCAGUCUAUUGGUUUCAUUGGACCUGGGGUGUCAUUGCUAUGCCUAAAUUUCGCCAAGACACCGGUGACUGCUUCUAUGCUCAUCACAGCAGCCCUGAGUUUGAGUUCUUUCAGCCAAGCUGGCUUUCUUCUCAAUAUGCAAGAUAUAGCACCUCAAUAUGCAGGAUUCCUCCAUGGAAUUGCAAAUUCUGCUGGAACAUUUGCAGCAAUAGUAAGCACAAUCGGAACAGGUUAUUUUGUUCAGUGGCUGGGAUCUUUUCAGGCAUUCCUGACUGUCACAGCAGGGCUCUAUUUCCUUACGACCAUCUUUUGGAACAUGUUUGCUACUGGAGAGCGAGUUUUCUAGAUCAAUAAUUUCGUUUUUAUAACAUUAUAUUCAUGAAUCAGCUGCUAGAAACAAGAUGAACAAAACUUGUAUUGAGAAUUCUGAGCCUAUAGAAGUUUUUCAUUGUACAGUUCAUACUUUGUUUUCAAUCCUUUCAAAAGCCUCAUAUUGUAGGUGCAGUGUAUACUUGUUGGAGACUGAUCCCAACAAUACUUUCUUUUAACUUUUUCUCUUACGAGAGUUCUACUGUUAUUUGUAAUUAAUUCUUGGACACUGUAAGAUCUCAAAUUUUUUAUGGUUUGUUGUAAGAAUCUCAUAGUUAAUGAAGAGACUUGUAAAA